AUGCUCGCCGCCCGCACCGCCACGACCAUCGGCCGCCGCGCCUUCUCCACCACGCGCCCCCAGCUCGGCUCGCCAUACCACUACCCCGAGGGCCCGCGCAGCAACAUUCCCUUCAACCCUCUGACGCGCUUCUUCGCUUUCCGCUUCUGGGGAUUCAUGGCGACGGGAUUCGGCCUUCCGUUCGGCAUUGCUGUCUGGCAGACGAAGAAGAACCAGUAG